AUGUCUUGGCUCGGAGCUCGCGCCCUCAAGAAGUACCCUACGCCCGUCCUUCGGCCGAUGGCUCCUUUCUUCGCUGCCGGUCUGGUCAUCGCGUACGGCAUCAACUCUGCCCAGAACGCCAUGCUCAAGUCCGAUGAGUGGAAGAACGAUGCCCGCAACCCCCUGGCCAAGAAGGGCCACUAA